UUGGAAGAACGAUGCAUGUAAGUCUGACAUCAUGAUGUCCAUCCGGCAAAGAAAAGAAAUAAAAACCACAGACGUGUGUGAGGAUUUUCCAGCACAAGAAGAAAAUGCGAAGUUGGAAAAUAAAGUGCCAUCUGGUUGUACCAAUAGAAGAUUAUGGACGAUUCUGUCAUUGACAGUUGGCGGAACCAUUGCUCUUUGCAUUGGACUACUUACGUCUGUCUACCUUGCCACUUUACAUGAAAAUGAUUUAUGGUUUUCUAAUAUUAAGGAAGUGGAGCGAGAAAUCUCAUUCAGAACAGAAUGUGGACUGUAUUACUCCUACUACAAGCAAAUGCUGCAGGCUCCAACCCUCAUGCAAGGUUUUCACGGCUUGAUAUAUGAUAAUAAAACUGAAUCUAUGAGGACAAUUAACCUCCUUCAACGAAUGAAUAUUUACCAAGAGGUUUUUCUCAGUAUUUUAUAUAGAGUUCUACCCAUACAGAAAUAUUUAGAGCCAGUUUAUUUUUAUAUUUACACCUUAUUUGGACUGCAGGCGAUCUAUGUCACAGCUCUUUACAUAACCAGCUGGCUCCUCAGUGGCACGUGGCUAUCGGGACUAUUAGCAGCCUUGUGGUAUGUCACAAAUAGAAUAGAUACCACAAGAGUUGAGUUUACCAUCCCACUGAGGGAGAACUGGGCACUGCCAUUCUUUGCAAUUCAGAUAGCAGCAAUUACGUAUUUCUUGAGACCAAACUUACAGCCUCUUUCUGAAAGGCUGACACUUCUUGCCAUUUUCAUAUCAACUUUUCUCUUUAGCCUGACAUGGCAAUUUAAUCAAUUUAUGAUGCUGAUGCAGGCAUUAGUGCUGUUCAUACUGGACUCCUUGGACAUGCUGCCAGCAGCGAAGGCAACGUGGCUGUAUGGCAUACAGAUAACAAGUUUACUUCUGGUCUGCAUUCUUCAAUUUUUUAAUUCCAUGAUUCUUGGAUCAUUGCUUAUCAGUUUUAACCUUUCAGUAUUAAUUGCAAGAAAACUUCAGAAAAAUCUGAAAACUGGAAGCUUCUUUAAUAGGCUUGGGAAACUUUUGUUACAUUUAUUUGUGGUUUUAUGUUUGACACUUUUUCUCAACAACGUAGUUAAGAAAAUUCUUAACCUGAAGUCAGAUGAACACAUAUUUAAAUUUCUGAAGGCAAAAUUUGGGCUUGGAGCAACAAGGGAUUUUGAUGCAAAUCUCUAUCUGUGUGAAGAAGCUUUUGGCCUUCUGCCUUUUAAUACAUUUGAAAGGCUUUCAUAUACUCUGCUUUUUUAUGCUUACAUAUUUGUUCUGUCCAUCACAGUGAUUGCAGCAUUAGUUGUUGCUUUUCAUAAUCUCAGUGAUUCUACAAAUCAACAAUCCAUGGGUAAAAUGGGAAAAUGUACAAUUAACCUGAAACCAGAAACUGCCUAUAACUUGAUACAUACCAUUCUGUUUGGAUUCUUGGCCUUGAGUACAAUGAGAAUGAAGUACCUGUGGACAUCACACAUGUGUGUGUUUGCGUCAUUUGGCUUAUGCAGCCCUGAAGUAUGGGAGUUACUUCUGAAGUCGGUCCAUCUGUAUAACCCAAGGAGGGUCAGUGCUGUCCCUUUUUCCAUUUACUUGUUAUGAUUUUUAGUAUUUCUUUCAUACCAAUUCUUUUUUUUCUGGCCAGGAAUGAUGGAUGAACUCUCCGAGUUGAGAGAAUUCUAUGAUCCAGAUACAGUGGAGCUGAUGAACUGGAUUAAUUCGAACACUCCAAGAAAGGCUGUAUUUGCUGGAAGCAUGCAGUUGCUGGCUGGAGUCAAGCUGUGCACGGGAAGGACCUUAACCAACCACCCACACUAUGAAGACAACAGCCUCAGAGAGCGAACGAAAGCGGUUUAUCAGAUAUAUGCAAAGAGGUCUCCAGAGGAGGUGCAUGCCCUCCUAAGGUCCUUCGGCACUGACUAUGUGAUUCUGGAAGACAGCAUCUGCUACGAGCGAAGGCACCGCCGGGGCUGCCGGCUUCGGGACCUGCUGGACAUCGCCAACGGACACACGAUGGAUGGCCCAGGAGAGAAUGACCCUGAUUUGAAGCCUGCGGACCACCCUCGCUUCUGUGAAGAAAUCAAGAGAAACCUGCCUCCGUACGUGGCCCACUUCACUAGAGUGUUUCAGAACAAAACUUUCCACGUUUACAAGCUAUCUAGAAACAAGUAA